CUCAGGUUGAGGUCGUGCUUGCAUCCUCGACUACGCGGCACUCUUGUGUAGACUGCCUGCAACGCCGCGGCAGCGUGAACCAACGUUUGCGCAUCGCUACAGGCCUCUACCUCCACCUGGAGCCAGCCAGGACACAGCAUCACUGUCAACACAGCUACUGGGAGAGAUCGCAUCGCUGCGCGCAGCAAACGAACGAACGAAAGGAAAAUGCGACAACUCCUCCGCCGCGCGUCACGCACGCUCUCGACGAGCACCAAGCCGCGCCUCGCCGCGCUACGAGAAACACUAGCGCGCGACGCCGCCCCGAAGCCGCCGCCACCGACAACACCAGAAGACGCGCGGUCCUUCUUCGUCGAGACGCGCGGCUGCCAGAUGAACGUCUCCGACUCCGAGGUCGUGCGCACACUGUUAUAUGAAGACGGCCUGCGCGAAGCGGACUCCGCGGCCACCGCCGAUAUUGUACUAUUAAACACCUGCGCCAUCCGCGACAAGGCCGAGCAGAAGGUCUGGACGCGGCUUAGGGAUCUUCGCGGUAGAAAUGGAAAGGAGGGCCAGACCGUCGCCGUCUUAGGCUGCAUGGCGGAGCGGGUCAAGGACGACUUGUUCAGAGAUGGUUUGGCGGAUCUUGUGGUGGGCCCGGACGCGUAUCGACGGUUGCCGGCGAUGCUCCGCAGUCAUGAACAGUCCAUCGACGUGACAUUGGAUCGCAGUGAGAACUAUGCUGAUGUACUACCUACGAGAGUAGAGCAUACGGCACAUGGCGCGUUCGUAUCCAUACAAAGAGGCUGCGACAACGCUUGUAGCUAUUGCAUCGUACCUUAUGUCCGCGGAAGAGAACGGAGUCGAAGCGUCCACACCAUCAUUGAUGAAGUGUCAGCUCUAUACAACGGUGGAGUGCGGGAAAUAACACUACUCGGACAGAACGUGAAUUCGUACCACGACGCGAGCACGGAGUCACUCAAACAACAAACACGGGAAUAUUCAACAGGUUUUGUGCCCUUCGUCAGGAGCGAUAAGAAAGACUCACAAACAGGCGUGCGCUUCGCCGAGCUGCUGGAACGGUGCGCCGCGGCGGCGCCGGACGCGCGCAUACGGUUCACGAGCCCUCAUCCCAAGGACUUCCCGGACGACGUCCUCGAGACCAUCGCGCGCGUUUCUAAUAUAGCGAAGCAGAUCCACAUGCCGGCUCAGAGCGGUUCGGAUCAAAUGUUGCGGACGAUGCGGCGCGGCUACACUUGUAAGGCCUACCGCUCGCUCAUACAACGCGCUAGGGCUGUGAUCCCGGACGUGGCUUUAUCCUCGGACUUCAUCGCGGGGUUCUGCGGGGAGACUCAUGAGGACCACUUGCGAACCUUGAAGCUUAUCCAAGAUGUAGGUUAUGAUAUGGCCUUUCUGUUCGCUUAUUCCUCGCGCGAGCGGACGCCGGCGGCGCGGCGUCUGGACGACGACGUACCUAAUGAUGUGAAGAAGAGGCGCCUCCAGGAGCUCAUCGACGCGUUUCGGACGGGCCGCGAGGCGCGAAGUAGGGAGCGCGUCGGGAAGAUCCAUUUGAUCCUCGUCGAGGGCGCGCCGCGGCGGGACCGAGGUGCAGAUUUGGUGUCUGGUCGAGACGACGGCAACCGCGUGCACGUCUUUCCUUCGUCGUUACCGGACGGGACUGAGUUGACACCGGGCGACUUCGCGCACGUGUUAGUCGACCGCGCCGAGGGCGCCACGUUAAUUGGCGUGGCGCUGCGGCGCGCUGCGGGCGCGGGGGACCGACCUCUUGUUGAUGCGGAGACCGGUGCGGAAUUUUUGAUUGACGAACAAACGGGCGCGUCGCGCUGGGCCGCGGAGCCGCCCCUUGUCGUUGCCUCUUCAAGGGCGCGGCCGCCGGUCGCCACGCGGGCGUUCAGCACCAGGGCGACCGCAGAGGACGCCAUCGAGGGCAUCCUGGCGGCUUCGACGCCAUCAUCGGUCCUCGGCAUAGCCAAAAACGCGACGGGCCGGGACGCGCGGGACGCGUUCCUCUCGGCGUCAAGGCUCGUGCAUCCCGACGUCUGCGCCGACGGGCGCGCGGGCGCGGCCUUCGCGGCGCUGGUCGAGGCCUACGACGUCUUCGCACCGAGCGACGUCAAAUACGACAUCAGCCAGGCGGAGUUCCAGGGCGACGCGCUGACGACGGCGGCGUGGAUGUGGGACGACGCGGCGGCGGCGGCCCGAAAGCACAAAGCGCGCCACACGCUCGAUGACGACGGCCCGGGACUUGGCCCGGGGUCAUAUAGUAACUAGCUGUGUUGUUUAAUCCUACGAAGUGAAGUCGAGCGGGCGAGCGUCGGGCGCGCGAUGCGGCCGCGGGUUGCCGCGGCCGCCGCGCCGCCCAGACAAGCUCAGCUCUUGCACUCCUCCUUGCUCUCGCCGACGUCGUCGCGCGACCCGCGGCAGGGCUUCGCGGUCCUAUAGGACCGCUGGUCGCCGUCGUUCCAAGUGAGAAAAUCAAUAUCCGCCUGACUGACGCCGUUCGCCAACAGGUCCGCGUGCGAGACGCCGUCGGCGAGCGCCUCCUCGAUCGAGUUGUAGCCGUGCGAGGCGCCGGCGCCCAUAUUUGUCGUGCGGUCGAGGGCUCACAGCGGCGCGAUGGUACGGGUGCGGUCGAGCGCUCACGGCGGUAGCGCGGCGUGAGAUGCUUGCUGGUGCGGUUGCAAGCUAUGGGAGCACGGGCGCGCGGCGCGGCGCGAACGGCUGCCCGGGGGCGUUCGAUCAGUACAAAUUAAUGCGAAGAAGCUGCCGGGAACGCGUCGCGGCGCGGGGCUGCUCUAUAAUGGAUCGCGAUGCGAAGACAGCGCCACACGAG